AAUGUAACUCCCUGCCUACAUGUAAUAGAAGUUCGAUAUUACCUGCGGCUCUUCUAGUUUCUUCCUUUAAAUGAUAGCAGCAUCACUUAACCUCCAUCGCACAACACCUGUCAGCCAAUCUUCACGAUGGCUUCCCAACACACUCUCGCCACCCCCCCCUUCUAAAGAUGCGAUUCUCAAUUCUCUCCUCGAAAUGGAACGCAGAUACCGCGCGCUCAAACCAGUCGACUUAAAUGACUUCAUCGGCCUUCGCGAAUGCAAUAUGGACGCGGAAAUGCCCUUGCUUCUCAACCCACGCGAUGCGCCCAUCGGGUGCUGGGAGCCCCCCGUCGUGCUCGAGGCCAUCAACGACCACUUCUCAGCCCAAGUGCACGCCUUUUUCAAUGCGCUACACGAGCUCGAGGACAUCUCAGACAAACAGCUCCCGGACGAGCCGGUUCUCAUCCGCAGACACGAUGGCCUUUGGCCCGUAAUCCGCAUCGUCAGCCAGUCCUUCGACAUCUACCCCGACGGGGACUGCUUGCACCGCUACUUUCACACCCGCCGCCUAACCGUCCAGAACGUAGACAGCCUACCUCUCCUCAACUACGCCACCGAACUACGCAUUUUUCCGGCCCGGAAUUACACCGUCGAGCCGGACAUGAACAUGACCCAUAUGCGGCCCGUCUCUCCGCGCGUGCCGCUCGAACUAGCCACUCGCCUCCCUCGCCUUCGCAAUCUCGACUGCCCCUGGCUAUGGGAGCGCUUUCCCUUUGCCUUCUCCUUCCAGGCACUGCACAAAUUCGCCCGCGUUUGGGAAGGUCCCUGGCGCGAUGCCCGCGUCGAGUUCGGCCGGGGUGUGCGCGAUACCAUGCCCCUGCUCCCAUCCUCCCUCACCAAGGCCCGGCUCUGGUUCUGGAACCCCAAUCCCUACGGCGACGAGACGGACCAAGCGGUGCAGAUGCCUGACCUAGUCGGCUCAUCGACUUCGGAGUUUGACGGCAUGGACCCUGUGUCUCUCGGGCUGCGGGACUUGGGGAGCCGUAUGGAGAAAUUUAACAUCCGCGCGUUUAUAACCCCCGAUCUCUUCCAUUCUUCAUCAUGGCCACACAUGCAGCACCUCAAAGUCGAAUUCCACCCGUGCGCGCCCGACGGCCGCUGGUACUUUUCCGGGCCGCGAAGCGAAGAUCCCCACGCCACAGGCUAUGCCAUCACGCAAGAAGAGCACUACCCGCCGGGCAACGAAGAUGGCCAAGAAACGGACGAGUUAUGGAACCGCGAGCAAGAAGAGUACACAGAUGACGACGAAAUGUUGUCUAUGCGCUCGCCUGACAUGUUCCGCAUCCUGCCCAUCGCGGAGCGUAUCACGCCUUUGCUCUUGGCAUUUGCGUCGGCUCUGCAAAAUAUGGCCUUGCUUCAGGAUGCUGAGCUGUUUACAUGGCUUACGUGGCGGCCUUCCGAGGAGCGGGCGAAGGAGUAUGAAGAGAGUGAUGACGUGCCCCCUUUGUUUGAUGAGGAUCACAUAAUGCGGAUGGUUAUGUUCCGAUGGGGGGUGAGAUACGAUGCGCCGAAGGGGGAUGGGAAGGGCAAAGUGACGUGGCAGGUCGGUGAGGGCUGGAGACCGACGGAGGAAGUCAUGAAGGGGUUUGAGGAUCUUGUGGGCGGGGACAAGGAGAACGUGGAGUGGGAAGGGUUGGAGUUUGUGGCGGAGAGGCCGCGGAAUGCGAUGGAUUUUAUUUGAUGCGAUCUUUGUAUAGGCAGGGCAGGCAGGUAUAACACUACGCAAGUGCAAUACGCAGUCUGUUUUGCGAGUGCUCAACACCCAUUCGUUGCAGUCCGCAGGUGAGCCUGGCAUGGUCAGUCCCGGCGGCGUCGGGGAAGUGUUAGA